AUGCUGACCCGCCCACCGUCUCGCGUGAACCUCUCAGCGGCAGACAUCACAGACUUCGAACGACGAUGGGCAGCAAGACGACCAGUCCGACCGAGUCGACCACCGCCAGCUAAUGCCCGGCUUUCCGUUGGGGCUGCUCAAUUGACAAAGCUAGGCUACGUCCCAGCGAGUGCCAACCUGGGCCGCAAGAGAGCUGAAUCAUGUUCAUCACAAGCCACCAUCUGCACCAUCGCAGAUGAUGAGGCCAUCCACAGCGGCGAUGAGCAUUCGCCAGAUCCUUUACUGUCACCUACCAGGCCUUUGUCGGAAAGAGCUUCCAUCCGGCUCGACCACGCGGUUGGACGUGACACCAUCUCCAUUGCGGACUCAAUCGAGCCUACUUCACCUCGACGUCGGUCUCCUCAGAAGUUACCUGCGCACUUCACGAUACAUGAGGAAGACACACUUGACCAAGCAGAAACAGAGGCCAGACAUUUGCGCAAUCCUCAGAUCUUCCGCAUGGCUGUGGCUGACGACAUCUGUGAUCGACUAGCGACCUUUGCGCCAGAGCUCGUCCGCUCGACAGCUGAGGUGGCUGGCAUUGCAGAACAGCAGCUAGACGCCGACACAGUGCUCAACCCAUCACUAGAUGCCGAAGCACCUGUCUUCGUACCCAGAGCAAGAUUUGGAACGGUAGCCAAUGACUUACCAGACGAUAGCCACGGUGGCAUUGGACACGAUGGCGCGAACAGCAGCAGCACUCAAGCUCCACCCACGCAUCUUCGGGUACAAUCGUCUUUCGAGCGCAACUCGCAAAGGUCAUCACAGCAGUCGGAACGAGACAAUGCUUCUUCCAGCAGAACGGAAACCCUCCCUCCGGUGCGUCUGGUUCAGUCACGUCGAAGGAGCCGGACCCAAGACCAGAAUGCUGCGAUACAACGAACGGUCCCUGAUCUGGAUCGUUAUCCUACCAUGCCUCCGCUUCCUCAUGUCGUCGCUCUCGUGCGCAUCAAGUGGAGUACGAACGAUCUCGGAUGGCCCAAAUAG